AUGGCAGACCCGGGUACAACGGGCACUGGUACCGGUGGUGGUACAACGCCAUUGUGGCAAGAAUGGAUGAAGCAGGCGUUGACAAAUGGAAAAUUGAAGAAGGAUGGGAACAUUACAGAGGUACUUCGGGCGCGUCUGGAUGCCCUAUUCGUGAAAUUGAAGGAGGAGUUGAAUACUGGGGAAGCCCGUGAAACAAAGGGACUAUGUGCGGACAUGGAUCAAUUAGUGAAGAGGCGGAUGGGGAAUGAAGACGCAAGUUUAAAAGUACUCUGUAAGGGCAUGGUGGGUGUCCGAUAUUUCGUGAGUGGGCUGAAGACGCAAAAUAAGAAGGUCCAAGUUGAACAGAAUAUUGAAGACGCAGAUUGGUAUCCACGUUGUUUAGUAGGUAUGGUGGCGUUAUCCGAAAUUUAUGGAGAUCAUUGCGAUUUGGGGAGAGUUAUAAAUCUCUUUCAAACGCAAAUGGAUGCCGAAUUAAAAGGGCACCUGAAUAAGGGUUCUAGUUCUGCACAUUCGUCCUAUUUUGACAAAUGUAAAAACAUCACUCCUGAAGAUAUAACGCUCGGUAAAUCCAUUCUUGGGAGUGAAAUUAAAACGUGGGUUCAAGAAGAUAAGGGCAGGGCGAAGGCAUAUGAAACAGAGAAGAAGGAAUACGAUAGACUGAAGACUAAGGCACCGGCAGCGCCAGGGUUAAUUGCCCCUAAGAAUUCGUCUGCCCUCCGGGUAGGAGGAGUAAUGCAUGAUGCGGAUAGUUUAUGUAAAAGUUCGGCGGGCAGUGAGCGAACAUCAGAUGAAAGGAAACAGCAGUUACAGAAGAAUACCGGGAGCAUGGCAAAGUUCUUCGGAAUGAAUGUGGGCACCACUCAAGGUAGUAGUGGUAAUGCAUCAAAUCCAUUCGACGCUUUAGUAGAUGAAAACUUAAAAUUAGAACAAAAUACUUUAGAAAAUGUACUGAAGACCGCAUUUGACGCCAGUACUGGUGAAGUUAACACUAACAAAAUAAACGACGUGGUAAAGAACAUAACGAAUGCAUCUCACCAAGUACAAGCUGAAAAUUGCAUCCAUCAGAAAAAGGAUAACGGAAAGGACCCGAAACCUCUCUGUGAUCGCUUAAGAUGUAUGAAAUAUUUAUGGACACAGACGGAUCCUCCAUCAGGACAAGCAGGAGGAACGACAACUACGAAAGACUUUUGGGAAGAGAAGGUAAGGGCGCUGUGGAAAGAACUUUCUGAUGAAAUGGUGCAAGCAAAUGGCACAGAAGCAGGAAUAGAGGACUGUGAAGAAGUGUCAAAUGGAAAUAAUGGCAGCGGCAAGAGGGAUGCAACUCAUUCUGAAAAGACGGCAUGCAAUUAUUUGUAUGCAGGCUUCAACAAACUGUACGAAGGUCCGACACCGGAGGCGGCGACGACGUCGGCGCGGACGACGUCGUCGUCGCCGACAGGCGACGUCUUAAAGGACAACCCAUCGUUUAGACAAACGAUGGGUUGUUUUUUACUUCAUUCCUAUGCAAAAUAUAUGAAAGACAAAGCAAUUUGUAAUAUUGAUAAAGGGAUAGAGAAGGCAUUCAAACUGGGAGAUGAACUCAGUGAUGGUACUGCUAAUGCUAAUUGCAAUACUUCCAGUGGCAAGGGACCUUGUGUCCCUUGCCAAUGGGAUAAAAACAACAAAUUGGACAGUUGCCUUCAGAAUAUUAGAAUAAUUGGCACAACUGGCUCUGAGGAGACUGCAAAGAAGAAAGUGGAGGACAUCUUCAAGGAAGGCAACAAGGACAAAAACAUUCCGCCAAUGCUAUCUAACAUAAAUACCAUGUCCACUUUAUGUGACCAUAUGGAAUGUAUAGCAUCCCAUUUAAAUUCCCCAAGUGCACAAUCAACUGCGAGCACAUUUUGGGAUGCGACUGGCGAGGUCCAUAGGUUGUGGCAAGUAUUGUCAACAGCAAUGAUCACAGAGGGCGAAACGGAGCAGGAUGAUUGUGGUCAAAUGGAAGAUAGCACUGGCACUGCCAGACUUCCUACCACCCCUGAAAAGAAGGCAUGCAAUUAUUUGCAUGCCGGCUUCACCAAAUUAAAGAAACUUUCCUCGUCCAUAAAGAAUGACGGCACUAACUACCCAACUCUGCAUAGAGAUCCAUCGUUUGCACAAACAGUGGGUUGUUUUUUACUUCAUUCGUAUGCAAAACAAAUGGAAGACAAAGCGAAUUGUUUAGUGGAAUCAGGAAUUAAAAAAGCUUUCGAGACUGCUGGUAAAGAUUUAAAGGGGGGACAAUGCAAAUGGGAUGAUGAGGAAUAUGACGACUGCCAAAUUACCACAAUUGCCACAAGUGGCACAACCAAAACGAAAGUAAAGGAGAAGUUAAAUGCAGUACAAUCCCAAAUUACUAACACCUUAACUCCCACCAUGAAAGACAUGAACGAAACAAAGUCUUUAUGUGAAAAACUCCAAUGUGCCGCAGGGAAGUGGUUCAAUGAGCACAGUAAGCAUAACAGUGGUACUCCUACUCCUACGAAGACUUGGUGUGAAUUUUGGGAUGGCGCUGUUAAGAACGGAUUGCAGAAUAUGUUUACAGCAAUUCAGACGACUGGAACAACCAACAAUACUGCUGUAUGUGAACAGUUUGGGGAUGAGAAUCCGCAAAGUGUUGAAAGAAAAGCUUGUAAUCAUAUCACAGCAGGUUUACAACACAUUAAGGAAAUUAGUGGUAAUGACCAACUGCUCCAUCAAGCAGUUGAUUGUAUUGCUCUUAACAUGUACGCUGAUCAAAUAAUUAAAAAAUCUGAAGAUUCAUGUCCCAUUGAUAAGGACAAAAUAGAAGAAAUGUUUAAAAAAUGGAAUAAUGAUAAUUCAUGUUCUGGUAGUGGUAAUAAUAAUUGUUUCAAAUGCACAAGGCAUAAGGACUUUAGUGGUUGCCACCUGAGCGUCUCGGACGCUCUGGUGGAAACAACAAAAAAUGCAAGUUGCAAUGAGAACGACAAAAAAAAUGUCCAAACUCAAAUGAACAAAUUCCUCAACGAAGACAAAAAAUCCCCAUCCCAAUUCAUCUCCCAAGUGAAUUCCACCUUAUCUACUAUCACUGACAUUACAAAAUCUUCUUUCUGUACUCAACUCCAAUGUGCAGCAAAACAAUACCAAGCAAAAAGCAAAAAUGGAGGAACACCAUCUUGGGACGAAUUGUGGGAGGAGACUGGCGAAGUGAAACUACUGUGGGCAGAAUUGUCCACAGCAAUGACGAAUACAAAUGGGAACAAAGACAACGGAGUUCAAUGUGAUAAAAUGGAUGAUAAUGGCAGUGGCACUGGUGCCACUGGCACUGGCAGAACUGCCACCAAACCGGAAAAAAAGGCAUGCCAAUAUCUUACAUUAGGUUUCAACAAACUAAAGGAACUACCAGAUUCCACAACGUCUCAAACCAUUGACGACAAAAUCCUGUCUAAGGACCCAUUGUUGAGACAAACAGUGGGUUGUAUCCUUCUUAAAGAAUAUGCAAAGAAAAUGGAAAAAGAAUCCAAGUGUGUUAUCAAUUCCGGCUUAAAGAAGGCUUUCGAGACUGCUGGUAAAAGUUUAAUUGGGGGACAAUGCAAAUGGGAUGACGACGACUAUGGCAAAUGCAAAAUUAGUACAACUAACACAUCUGGCAACACAACUCAAACGGCAGUAAAGGACAAAUUAACACAAGUUAAGGACAAUAUUGAGACCACCGCAAAAGAGAUUCUACCGAAAAUAAAUGAAAUGAAGAACUUAUGCGAAUACAUUAGAUGCGCCGGACCCAAAUGGUUCAAAAACCACAGUAACGUUAAUAGUGGUACUACUAAGAACACUUGGUGUGACUUUUGGGGGGAGGAAGGCGUCAAACCAACAUUGAAAGCGAUGUUCGACAACGUCGCUCAGAAUGGAAUUGACAAAUCGAAGCAAACUAAUAGUAUAUGCAAUGACUUUGGUGAUGAAAAUCCACAAAGUGUUGAAAGAAAAGCUUGUAAUCAUAUCACAGCAGGUUUAGACUACAUUAACACAAUUACAGGUGAUACCACCACUCAGAACGGUAAUAAGGAUGAUGACAAGUUCUUUAAACAAUCUAUGAUGUGCGCAGCACUUAACCUAUACGCAACUAAAAUAAGAGAAGAGUCGAACAAAUUUUGUCCCAUUGAUGAAUCUAAAAUAAAGGAAAUGUUUGCUGCAGGGAAUGGAAAUAAAGGUUCUUCGUGCUCGAUCUCAGGGGGUAGUGUUGGUAAUAAUAAUAAUUGUUUUACGUGUGAAAGGAAAGAAGACUUUAAGGAUUGCGACCUCCUCGUUGAUAAAGAACUCAUUGGAACAUCACAACCACCAGAUCCAAAUUGCAAUGAUAACGAAGAAAAUAAAAAAGUCCAAGAGAAAAUGAACAAACUCCUCCAAGCUGACCUCAAAAUGCAACCAACAUUAUCCACCAUAAAUAAAAUGGACGACAAUUUCUGUACUCAACUCCAAUGUGCAGCAAAAAAAUGGAAUUCGAUAAAAAAAAAAAAUCUAAACCCCACUUGGGAUGACAUCGAAAGUGGCGCCAAGGAUGAAUUAACUGAACUUAUAAAACAAAUGACGGUAGGUCAGACUAAAUCGGAAAUUACCAAAUACUGUAACGACAAGGAAUGGGAUAAUUUUGGCCAUAAAGAAAAACAAACAAAUAAAGCAGCUUGUUUGCUUUUUGCUGCAGGAUUAAAGCACAUUUAUACCCACGGUAAUGGCCGUGUUAACGGCCCAUCGUUUGGACAAACGAUGGGUUGUUUAUUUCUUAAAGAGUAUGCAAAACAAUUGCAAACAAUGGCAAACAAGAAGAAAAAAGGAGAUAGUUGGGUACAUCCCCAUUGUAGCAUAGAGGAUGGUAUAAAUCACGCUUUUGGUAAGAGUAGUGAAAUUAUGCAGGACACAUCUCCAUGCAAAGAUACUAAUGGUACUAAUUCUUGUUUUGUGUGCAUACAAAAAAAAGACGAUUAUAAGAAUUGCUCCAUUGGCACUGACAAAGUACAGAACAAAGUGGAACCACUACUCCAAUCGGAACAAUCCCAUAUGGAAAAAACUUUAGAGAAUACAGUCUGUCCCAUCCUUCUUACGGAUCUCCUUACCCCUUUUCUUCCUUUGGCUCCUGUGUCCAUUGGCCUUUCUGCUAUGGCUUAUUACCUUUGGAAGUAUUUUGGUCCUCUUGGUAAAGGAGGAGCACGUUUCAGAAGAUCUCCUGCUGAAAUUCCUGGUCCAUCAGUACAAGAACAAGUCCUCGAUCAUGCGGAUGAAGGUGCUUCACAUGAAUAUCGAUUGGUGAAGGAACGAAAACCUCGUUCUGCUCCAACGAGAACGAAACGUUCUGGUCCCGUGAAUCGUCGAACGAUUAUUGAAAUUCAUUUUGAAGUGUUGGACGAAUGUCAAAAAGGGGACACACAAUUGAACCAGAAGGAUUUUCUGGAACUUUUGGUUCAAGAAUUCAUGGGAUCCAAAUUUAUGGAAGAAGAACAGGUUCCUAAGGAAGAGGUUCUUAUGGAAGGGGUUCUUAUGGAAGGGGUUCCUAUGGAAAGUGUUCCAAUGGAAGGUGUUCCAAAUUUAGGUUCCGGGUUACUGGUUUAG